AUGGCCGUCGCAUUUCGCUUCUCUGAUCGCAGCCCACGGCGACGGAGUCGGCUUCACACCACCCACCGAGGGCAGGCUGAAUCAUCGGCCGCGGGACAAAAAUACACGGCCCUUAGUCGUUGGCCACGCUACCGCGAGUCUCUCGAAACAGCGGCAGCAGCACGCCUCUGCGCAGCCCUGCCGCCAUCUCGCAAGUCUCGCAACACCAACUCACCGCAUGGCGACGGCCGACCCAGCGCAGAAAGGCGGCCUGGCAUCACGCGCGUGGCCGGAUCAACCGUGGGACAGACGGCCAGGGACUUGAGCCAGCGGGCUCGGGCUCCUCACGACAGCCAGCCAGGGCGAUGCCCGAACGAAGCCGUCCCGCGACCGCGCUCCACACCCGCUGGCGGCUUCUCCCAGGCCACGCCGCUGCCUCCUGGCCUCCUCCCUCAUUUCAAAAUGAAGCAACGAAUUCCCACGGCCGGCCUGGCUGAACGACUACCGCAAGGGCCCGUGAGAGAGCGCGAGGGCCGUGCUGCGCUCCGGCAACACCAUGUUUAG